CCCAAAUCUCCUUUCGAUCUCGCCUUUCUCUCGCCCAAACCGCGCGGCGUGACCGGACCGCCAUGUCCUACGACGCCGUGGUCAUCGGCGGCGGCAGCGGGGGAAGCGCCUUCGCCAAGCGGGCGGCCGGCUAUGGCGCCAAAGUGGCCCUGGUGGAGCAGGGCCCCCAGUGGCAGCCCAACAAGCGCCGCAGCGGAGCAGGGCCGGGUGGCACUUGUAUGAACGUGGGCUGUGUGCCGAAGAAGCUCAUGUUCAUGGCUGCUGCACAUCGUGAGAUGAUGAUCGGGGAGGCGGCCACUGCCAAGGGCUAUGGCUUCACCGUGCCUGAGGGAGCUGGAAAGAUCGACUGGAAAGGCUUGAAGGAGCGCCGCGACAAGUACGUGGCCAAAUUGAAUACCAACUACACCGCCGGCUGGAAGAAGGAAGGUGUCGAAGUCAUCGAAGGCUUUGCCAGCUUCACAGACGCGCAGACCGUAUCAGUGCAAUGCAACGAUGGCACCACUCGUGUCUUGAAGGGCCAGCACAUCCUAGUGGCUUGUGGCGGGCUGCCCUCCGAGCCAGACAUUCCGGGGGUGGAGCAUGCGAUCAACAGUGAUGGCUUCUUCGAGUUGGAAGAGCAGCCGAAGAAGGUGGCGGUGGUGGGAGCUGGCUACAUUGCAGUGGAGAUGGCUGGGAUCCUCCAUGCUUUGGGCUCUGAGACCCAUCUCUUCUUCCGCGGAGACACAGUGCUACGCCGCGGUUUCGACCCCUUCAUCGUCCAGACCCUCAUGGAGGCCAUGGAGCAUCAUGGCCCAGUCCUCCACAGAACCAGCACGCCCGCACGAAUCAGCAAACAGGACGAUGGGCGUCUCACCUACGUUGCGACGGAAGGGCCGAUGGGCGAGGAGGCAAUCUUGAAGGAUUUCGAUUGCAUUCUGCUGGCAAUUGGCCGCAAGCCGGUGUCAGACCGCUUGGGAUUGCAGAACACGGGCGUGGAGCUCAACAAGUCAGGACACAUUGUUGUGGAUGCCUUUGAGAACACCAACGUGCCAGGAAUCUAUGCGAUUGGCGACGUCACCUCCACGGGCUACGAGCUCACCCCAGUGGCCAUCGCGGCCGGGCGGCGCUUGGCGGAUCGGCUCUUCCUCAAGGAGGGCCGCGCUCGGAUCGCCUACGAGCUCAUUGCCACGGUGGUCUUCAGCCACCCGCCCAUCGGUUGCAUCGGCCUGACGGAGCCACAGGCGAAGGCGGAGUUCGGCGAGGAGAACAUCAAGGUGAAGCAGUCCCGCUUCGCGAGCAUGCUGUAUGCCUUCAACGAUGAUGACAAAAAGGUGAAGACAGCGUUGAAGUUGGUGUUGAAGCUUCCAGAGGAGCGGAUCGUGGGGCUGCACUGCAUCGGUCCUUCCUCGGAUGAGAUGAUGCAAGGCUUCGCGGUGGCCGUGCGGAUGGGCGCCACCCGCGCAGACUUCGAGGCCUCUGUGGCGAUCCACCCGACCAUCGCGGAGGAGUUCGUGACCUUCGGGGGCUGGGGUCAGCAGCAACAGGGUGACAAGGUCAGCGCUUUGUUGCCUCCAUAUCUCAGUUGAUGCAGUGCGGCAGAGCCUGGAUCAGUUGGAUCUAUUGGUGGCACUGAUGAGCCGAGGGUUUGCGACCUGCUUGCUGAAGCCGACCCAUGGGUGGAAGCGGCAUGUUUCAUUCACCACUCUCCAAAUCCAGGGGA